CACCGCGCUUACCGCUGUGGGAAUUGUGCGAUUAGAUACCAUUCGCUCAAAUCCUUCGCAUGCAGUCGAAUCAUACGGAAGGUUCCGAAGCUUCACGGGACCUGCUUCUCCUACUUGCAAGUGGGUGAAUGUCAGCAUGUGAUCAGAAAAAAAAGGUGCGAGCAUUCGUUGUCUUGA